AUGGCUCUGACUGUGUGUGUGAGGCGCCUAACAGGGCUACCAGGGACCCAUGACCGACAAGUGACGCUCUGCUUUCGUGGCUUUACCCAGAAGACAAGAAAAAUUCACUGUGGCAGAGAAGCAGAUGUUGGUGAGUUGUUUCAGUGGCCCCACUAUGGGUCUCCACUGGCUGGGGAGAGUCUGUCUGUGCAGGUGGUCAACUGUAGCCGUGUGUUCAGCCCCAGGCCUCUGGGGACCCUGGUGAUAUCCCUGCAGCAGGUACAGAAUGCUGGGCACUUGGUGCUCCAGGAGGCUCUAGUGGAUGAGAAACUGCGAGUGUCCUCGAUCCAGGUGGAGCUUGACCUAAAGUAUCAGCCCCCUGAGGGAGCUGCAGGAACCUGGGCAGAGGAGGACUUUGGCACACCCAUUCGAGACAGCUUGGAGUUGAUCAUCCCCAAUGUGGGCUUCCAGGAACUGAAGCCUGAAGAGGCCCGGCUAGAGCGGCGGGCAGUGUCUCUGGGGCACAGGCUAGCUCGAAGUCUAGGAACACAGGAUGAUGAAGAGAAUGAGCUGGGCCUGGAGCUGGACCUGGACCUGGAGGAUGAGCCUGAUGUGGAGCUUUCUGGGGUUGUGUUCAGCCCCCUCAAGAGCCGUGUCCCAGGCCCAGCCCGCAAGGAUCCCUUCCAGGUGUCCAGAACCCAGGACUUCCAGGUGGGGAUCACAGUGCUUGAGGCCCAGAAACUGGUGGGAGUCAACAUUAACCCCUAUGUGGCCGUGCGUGUUGGGGAUCAGUACCGAGUGACUGCCACCCAGCGUGGAACCAACUGUCCUUUCUACAAUGAGUACUUUUUGUUCGAAUUUCAUGAGAGCCGGCUUGCCCUUCAAGACUUGCUGUUGGAGAUCACGGCUUUUCAUUCGCAGACCCUCCCAUUUAUGGCCACCAGGAUAGGCACCUUCAGGAUGGACCUGGGCAUUGCUCUGGACCAGCCAGAUGGCCACUUCCACCAAAAAUGGGCUCCUCUGCAUGAUCCUCGGGACACCCGCGCUGGGACCAAGGGCUUCGUCAAGGUCACCUUGUCCGUGAGGGUGCGCGGGGACCUUCCCCUUCCACUGCCACCGCCAGGCCCAGGAACCACUUCGGACAUCGAGAAGAACCUGCUCCUGCCCCGUGGGGUGCCGGCUGAGAGGCCGUGGGCGCGGCUGCGCGUGCGCGUGUACCGUGCAGAGGGGCUUCCAUCACUGCGCCCCGGGCUGCUGGGCAGCCUGGCCCGUGCCCUGCACGACCAGCAUGUCCUCCUGGACCCUUAUGUGCACGUGAGCUUUCUGGGGCAACAGGGUGAGACGUCAGUGUGUGGCAAGACGGCAGUACCUGAGUGGAAUGAGCAGCUGAGCUUCGUGGAGCUCUUCCCACCGCUGACGCGUGGCCUUCGUCUGCAGCUGCGGGACAACGCGCCCCUCCUGGACGCCGUGGUCGCCACACACGUGCUGGACCUGAGGCAGAUCUCGAACCCAGGGCGUGCAGCCGGGUUUAACCCCACUUUCGGUCCGGUCUGGGUGCCCCUGUAUGGCUCGUUCCCCAGCGGGGGGCUCCGCGAUGGUCUUCAAAGUCUCAACGAAGGCCUUGGGCAAGGCGUUUGGUUCCGGGGCCGACUUCUGGUAGCUGUGUCUAUGGAGGUGUUUGAAGGCAGAGCCGAACCUAAAUCCUCCCAGGCCCCACAGGGAUCCAGACUGUCCCAACUUACCGGAAAAAAGAAGAAGAAAGCCAGGCAGAGUCAGACCCCAGUAGGGAUUCUGCAGCACAUGGAUGCCAGCUCCAGUGGGGAUGGGCCUGAGAUUCCUAGUGCAAUGGAGGUGGAGGUGGAGGAGUUGCUGCCCCUGCCAGAGAAUGCCUUGGCACCCUGUGAAGAUUUCCUGCUUUUUGGGGUGCUCUUUGAGGCCACCAUGAUUGACCCCUCAUUGGCCAAGCAGCCCAUCAGAUUUGAGAUUUCCAUUGGUUGUGCAGGCCGCCGGGAGGAGCAGUUGGGCCGAGGGUCAAGGGCUGUUGAGGGAACCGAGGGCAACAUGUUGGAGGCACAGCCUCUCUUGGAUUCUGAGGACAGGGGGUCAGGGCUGGAGGAGGAAGAAGAUCUGGGAACCCCUGCUCAGUGGCCUGAACCCAUGGAUGGCAGUGGGCCAUACCUCUGUUUGCCUCUUCGUCACCGAAAGCCCUGCCUACAUGUGUGGAGCUGCUGGGAGGACUACACAUGGCGCCUACAUAGUAGUAACUGUGUGCGGAAAGUAGCUGAGAGGCUGGACCAGGGGCUGCAGGAGGUUGAGAAGAUGCAACGCAGGUCGAGACUGGGUGCCUGUACACGGCUCAAGCAGGCUCUGGAGGAGCUGGUAGCUGGGAGCAGGCAGUUCUGUCGUGGUGCUGAGCGCAGAACAAUGACCCGGCCCAACACCCUGGAUCGAUGCCGAGGGAAACUACUGCUGCACAGCCUGACUCUCAUGGCCAAACAAGGACUGCGACUUUUACGGGGCUUGAGGCAGAGCAACAUGCAAAGGAAGGUGGCGUUGGCCAAGAAGCUCCUGGCAAAGCUGAAUGUCCUGGCUCAGGAGCCACAGCCACCCCUCCCUGAUGUGUUGGUCUGGAUGCUCAGUGGCCAGCGCCGUGUUGCCUAUGCCCGGAUACCUGCCCAGGACGUGCUGUUCUCUGUGGUUGAGGAGGAGCGAGGCCGGGACUGUGGCAAACUCCAGAGUUUGCUGCUCACAGCACCUGGGGCAGCCCUUAGGGAGGUCUGUGCCAAGCUGGAGCUCUUCCUAUGGCUGGGGCUCAGCAAGCAAGCCAAGGCCUGCACCUCUGAGCUGCCCCCAGACCUGCUGCCUGAACCCUUGACUGGGCUGCCCCACAGCCUAUACCGGGAUGACUUUAGCUACUUCCAGCUACGGGCACACCUGUACCAGGCCCGAGGUGUGUUGGGAGCAGAUGACAGUGGCCUCUCAGAUCCCUUUGCACGUGUGCUCAUCUCUACCCAGUGCCAGACCACACGGGUCCUGAAGCAGACACUGAGUCCCCUGUGGGAUGAACUCUUGGUAUUUGACCAGCUGAUAGUGGAUGGGAGACGGGAGCACUUGCAGGAGGAGCCUCCUCUAGUGGUCAUCAAUGUCUUUGACCAUAAUAAAUUUGGCCCCCCUGUGUUCCUGGGCAGAGCACUUGCUGCCCCAAGGGUAAAGUUGACAGAGGACCCAUACCAACGUCCCGAGUUGCAGUUCUUCCCCCUGAGGAAAGGACUCCAGGCUGCUGGAGAACUCAUUGCCACCUUUGAACUCAUUGAACUGGACUACAGUGGCCACCUUGAGCCCUCUGUGCCCAGUGAUGUGGAGCCUCAGGAUUUGGCAUCCCUGGUGGAGUCCCUCUCUGGACACCUGUCUCUGCCUCCAAAUGUGCGCCCUGUGCUCAGGGAGUUCCGUGUUGAGGUGUUGUUCUGGGGUCUAAGAGGUCUGGGCCGUGUACACUUGUUUGAGGUGGAACAGCCCCAGGUUGUGCUGGAAGUGGCCGGGAGACGUGUGGAGUCUGAGGCUCUGGCCAGCUAUCGUAAGAACCCCAACUUCAAUGAGCUCAUCCAGCAUCUGACAGUGGACUUGCCAGAGCAGCCAUACCUGCAGCCCCCGCUCAGCAUCCUGGUGAUUGAGCGCCGGGCCUUUGGCCGAACUGUUCUUGUGGGUUCCCAUAUUGUCCCCCACAUGCUACGAUUCACACUCCACAAUCAUGAAGCUCCCCCUGAGGAGGAGGGAGUAGAAGAGGAGACAAGAGACCUGGUGUCCUCGAGGCUUCAAGGAGAAAAGUCCUUGGAUUCCUUCCCAGUUGAAGCAGGAAUAUCUAGCAGGUUCUUGAAGGCCCCUCUAAAGAAGCUCAACCUAGGAGGACUCUUGCAUCAAGGCCCUGAGCUGGAGGCGGACAUUCCAGACCCAGAAGAGAUGGACUGGUGGUCCAAGUACUACGCCUCAUUGCAGGAGCUCCAUGGGCAGUCUACCUUUGAUGAGGAGGAGAUGGAUGAUGCGGGGGAUUCAGAUGGGACUCAUCUCGUUUCUGUGGACAGGGAGGCCCAGGACCAGGGAGAGGCUGAUAACAAAGUCUCUUUGCCUCGGAAAAAAGCAAUCACCACCCUAAAGAUCUACAACAGUUCCCUGGAGGAUGAGUUUAACCACUUUGAAGACUGGCUGAAUGUCUUCCCUCUGUACAGAGGCCAAGGGGGCCAGGAUGGAGAUGGAGAGGAAGAAGGGUCUGGAAACUUUGUGGGAGAGUUCAAGGGCUCCUUCCUCAUUUACCCCGAGUCAGAGGCUGUCUCUUUCUCGGAGCCCCAGAUCUCCAGGGGGAUCCCCCAGAAUCGGCCCAUCAAGCUUCUGGUCAGAGUGUACAUUGUAAAGGCUACCAACCUGGCUCCCGCGGACCCCAAUGGCAAGGCAGACCCCUAUGUGGUGGUGAACACUGGCAAAGAGCAGCAGGACACCAAGGAGCGCUACAUCCCUAAGCAGCUCAACCCCAUCUUUGGAGAGGUCCUGGAGCUGAGCAUCUCUCUCCCAGCUGAGCCAGAGCUGACUGUGGCCAUAUUCGAUCAUGACCUUGUGGGUUCUGAUGACCUCAUUGGGGAGACCCACAUUGAUCUGGAAAACAGGUUCUAUAGCCAUCACAGAGCCAAUUGUGGGCUGGCCUCCCAGUAUGAUGUAGAUGGGUAUAAUGCAUGGCGGGAUGCAUUCCGGCCUUCACAGAUCCUGGCUGGGCUCUGUCAACGCUGUGGCCUCCCAACCCCUGAGUACCGAGCCGGGGCUGUGAAAGUGGGCAGCAAAGUCUUUCUGACACCAUCUGAGACCCUGCCCCCAGAUGGUGGGGGUCCCAAGGUGGCAGGUGAGGUGUCUGAGGAGGAUCAAGCAUUGUUUGUGCUGAGACAUUGGCAGGAGAUGCCAGGACUUGGGAUCCAGCUGGUACCUGAACAUGUAGAAACACGGCCCCUCUACCAUCCCCGUAGCCCAGGGCUGCUGCAGGGAUCCCUUCAUAUGUGGAUUGACAUCUUCCCUAGUGAUGUGCCUGCUCCACCCCCAGUUGACAUCAAGCCUCGGCAACCAAUCAGUUAUGAGCUCAGAGUUGUCAUCUGGAAUACAGAAGAUGUGGUUCUGGAUGAUGUGAAUCCAAUCACUGGAGAGAUGUCAAGUGACAUCUAUGUGAAAAGCUGGGUCAAGGGGCUGGAGCAUGACAAACAAGAGACAGAUGUCCACUUCAACUCCCUGACUGGGGAGGGUAACUUCAACUGGCGCUUUGUGUUCCGCUUUGACUACCUGCCCACUGAGCGUGAGGUUAGCAUCCGGAGACGACCAGGACUCUUCACCUUGGAGGAGGCUGAGUUCCGGCAGCCUGCUGUGCUGGUCCUGCAGGUCUGGGACUAUGACCGAAUCUCUGCCAACGACUUCCUUGGAUCCUUGGAGUUGCAACUACCUGACAUGGUGAGGGGGGCCCGGAGCCCUGAGUACUGCUCUGUUCGACUAGCCCUCGACGGGGCCGGACCGAGGUGCAAUCUGUUUCGCUGUCGCCGCUUGCGGGGCUGGUGGCCAGUAGUGAAACUCAGGGAAGUGGAAGAUGUGGAACGGGAGGCCCGGGAGACUCAGGCUAGCAAGAAGCGGAGGAAGAAGAGGAGGAAGGGGCGGCCGGAGGACCUGGAGUUCACAGACGGUGGCGGCAACGUGUACAUCCUCACGGGGAAGGUGGAAGCAGAAUUUGAACUGCUGACUGUAGAGGAGGCAGAGAAACGGCCUGCGGGGAAGGGGCGCAAGGAGCCGGAGCCUCUGGAGAAGCCCAACCGCCCCAAAACAUCCUUCAACUGGUUCGUGAAUCCCCUGAAGACUUUUGUCUUCUUCAUCUGGCGCCGAUACUGGCGCAUCCUGGUGCUGCUGCUGCUGCUGGCGCUCAUCACUGUCUUCCUCCUGCUGGUCUUCUACACCAUCCCGGGGCAGAUCAGUGAGGUCAUCUUCAGUCCUCUCCGCAAACACUAACUCCAGCUGACCAGGGGCACACCCCAGGGGCCAACCAUUGAGCCCUGCCCCUGUAGUCCUGCUUUCCAAUGUGAACUGGAAGAGCUCAGUAUUCCCGUUCAAUAAACGUUAUCA